CUUGAGACUUUUGAGGGUUCAUAGUUCAUACCUGCAACAACAACUGCGCGUAACACAUACCACACGCCCAAGUACGCCCUCCCCCUCUAAACUGAGAUUUGAGGCCCAAACUAAUGUUAUUAGCAAGUAGCUGAUGCUAGCCGCUCCUUGCUAUAAAUACAUGUGCUUUGCUAGUUAGCUUUUGCACAGAUCAACACCGGCAACCGACUAACUCUGUCUGAAGGAAGCUAAGAUUAUUAAUCAGUGAGUAGCUAGCCAUGGCUGAGGAGAAGAAGCACCACCACCUGUUCCACCACAAGAAGGACGGGGAGGAGGAGAGCUCCGGCGUGGUGGACUACGACAAGGAGAAGAAGCACCACAAGCACCUCGAGCAGCUCGGCGGCCUCGGCGCCAUCGCCGCCGGCGCCUACGCUCUCCACGAGAAGCACCAGGCGAAGAAGGACACGGAGAACGCGCACGGGCACAAGGUGAAGGAGGAGGUGGCGGCGGUGGCCGCGCUGGGCGCCGCGGGGUUCGCCUUCCACGAGCACCACGAGAAGAAGGACGCCAAGAAGCACGCCGCCGACCAAUACUAGAUCGAUCCCGAUCGAAUGAACGCAAGAACGAACGGUUUAUAUGCUUAAUUACUUUCUCCCCAUAAUUACAUGUAUGCAUGUGGUUGAUGGCUUAAUUUGCUUCUUCUUGUUCGUCGUCAUACGUCGUCGCUUUUACUUCGUGUUCAUGUACAUUAAUUCUGUAUCCGCACUGAGUAUUAAAUAAGUGCGUUUGUGCUGCACACAGAAAUUUUGGUUUCGUUUUAUUUUUCUU